AUGACACAAUCUAUGCACAUUAACCACCAACCACCACAGUUGCUCUCGCAUUCACAGCCUCAAACCCAAGGGGUGCCUGCGUUUCCUGGCCACUUUCAGCUGUCUGAACCGCAAGCUCAGGUGCUAGGACAUGUUCAGUAUGCGCAGGCAGCUCAUGCUCGCUUUCAAUCUCAGAUACAAUCGGCUAACCAAUCCGUUGCUCAGUUGCAAAAUGCUAAUUCUAGUAAUGUUGGUGUGCAAUCGCCCCCUGUACCCACCCCCAGCAGUACUAGUGCUAAAAAGGCUAGCCAUAAACCGCCUUCAAGGCCUUCGGGUGGUUCAUCAAAUGCCAACAUGGCUUCGCUGUUCAAGACUAUGGAGUUGGCUCCAGCUGUUCGCCGGAAGAAAAGGAAGCUUCAUGAAAAGGAGAUACCUGAUAAAGUGGCAGCUGUUUUGCCAGAGUCUGCUCUUUAUACUCAGCUGCUUGAAUUUGAGGCUAGAGUGGAUGCUGCUAUGGCAAGAAAGAAGAUGGAUAUUCAAGAGUCACUUAAAAACCCUCCCCGUGUUCGGAAAACACUUCGAGUAUAUGUAUUUAACAAUUUUGAAAAUCAGGUGCAAGGGCCUAAUGAGAGGAAGAAUGCUGAGCCUCCUUCUUGGUCGUUAAAGAUUAUUGGGAGGAUAUUAGAAGAUGGGAAAGACCCUGUGCUGACUGGAAUGGCCCCGAAACCACAUCCAAAAUUCUCAUCUUACUUCAAGAAAAUUACAAUAUACUUGGACCAGAGCCUCUAUCCAGAUAACCAUGUGAUUUUGUGGGAAAGCACACGGUCACCUGUUCUUCAUGAGGGCUUUGAGGUGAAGAGAAAAGGAAAUAAGGAAUUUACUGCAAGAAUUAGGCUAGAAAUGAACUAUGUGCCUGAGAAAUUCAAGCUUUCACCUGCUCUAUCAGAAGUCCUUGGAAUUGAGGUAGAGACUCGCCCUAGAAUUUUGGUGGCAAUUUGGAAUUAUGUGAAUUCUAGGAAGUUGCAGAACCCAAAUGAUCCCUCCUUCUUCACAUGUGACCCCCUCUUCAGAAAGUAUUUGGGGAAGACAAGAUGA